UGUAGGGGUAACAGAAGAGAACAUCUUGGGUUACCAUUCUCACCGUACACCUGCCCAUCCUGAAAGUCUUUCCGGGCCUUUCAAAGCCCAGAAAUUACUUCCCCAGACCGGUAUCCCCAACAGCCGUCAACCACUUCCUAAGUAUUUAUACUCCGCCCGCUUUCCGGCCCCGACCUUUUGCGCCUGCGCCCUGGUGGGGGUGGAUGAAGGCUGAAGCGGUCCGCUCCUCGACCACCGUGGGAAUCUACUGUUUUUCGCCCCCCAUGGUGGGGCAGACUUUGGGCUUUCUGGACCUACCAUUCUUAUUAGUUUCUAAUAAUAGCUGCUACUAAAUAACAGAAUAAAAUGGGCUUCUUUAUGCCAAAAAUAGUCCUCGUUGUGUUUAGCUUUACCCCCCAUUCAUAGCAAUGGUACAGUCCAGAAUUAGCCCCACCCCUACCCACCAGCCCCUGACACCGCAAUUGGAGAUUGCUGUUUUGUCGUCAUCACGUCGCUGCGGAGGUAACUCCCUGUCUGGGCCACGCCUUCGCGGUUGCUAAGCGGUCCUGGAUACUUGUUGGCAGGAUGCUGGCUGACGUCAGGUGAAAAUGGUGGCCACUGGACCUCAGGCAACCAUGGAGAAGGAUGUUCGGAGCACCAUUCUUUUCAAUGCAUACAAAAAGGAAGUAUUUACCAUCAACAGUGGCUAUAAAUCCCUGCAGAAAAGACUUCAGAGUAAUUGGAAGAUUCAGAGUUUAAAAGAUGAAAUCACAUCUGAGAAGCUAAUUGGGGUGAAACUAUGGAUUACAGCCGGGCCAAGGGAAAAAUUUACUGCUGCUGAGUUUGAAGUCCUAAAGAAGUACCUGGACAGUGGUGGAGAUAUCCUUGUGAUGUUAGGAGAAGGUGGAGAAUCCAGAUUUGACACCAAUAUUAACUUUCUACUAGAAGAAUAUGGAAUCAUGGUUAAUAAUGACUCUGUGGUUAGAAAUGUGUAUUACAAGUAUUUUCAUCCUAAGGAAGCUCUGGUUUCCAAUGGAGUUUUGAACAGGGAAAUUAGUCGAGCUGCAGGAAAGGCUGUGCCUGGAAUCAUUGAUGAGGACAGCAGUGGAAGCAAUGCUCAGGCUCUCACCUUUGUCUAUCCAUUCGGUGCCACAUUGAGUGUCAUGAAACCAGCAGUGGCUGUUCUGUCCACAGGCUCUGUCUGCUUCCCGCUUAACAGACCCAUUCUGGCUUUCUAUUACUCGAAGAACCAGGGGGGGAAGCUGGCAGUGCUUGGCUCAUGUCAUAUGUUCAGUGACCAAUAUUUGGAUAAAGAAGAAAACAGCAAAAUCAUGGAUGUUGUUUUCCAGUGGCUCACAACAGGAGACAUCCAUUUGAACCAGAUUGAUGCUGAGGACCCAGAGAUCUCUGAUUACAUGAUGCUGCCGGACACCGCCACUCUGUCAGAGCGGUUACGAGUGUGUCUCCAGGAGGGCGAUGAGAACCCAUGUGACUUUACCACCCUGUUCGACUUGUCUAUUUACCAGCUGGAUACCACCUCCCUCCUCAAAGUCAUCAAGGCUCAUGAGCAGCUAAAUGUGAAACGUGAACCACUCCAGCUCAUCCAGCCUCAAUUUGAGACGCCACUGCCUGCACUUCAGCCUGCUGUUUUCCCUCCCAGCUUCAGGGAAUUGCCACCUCCUCCUCUGGAACUGUUUGACCUAGAUGAGACGUUUUCCUCUGAGAAGGCCCGGCUUGCUCAGAUUACCAAUAAGUGUACUGAAGAAGACCUGGAAUUCUAUGUCAGGAAAUGUGGUGACAUUCUUGGAGUAACCAGUAAACUACCGAAGGAUCAACAGGAUGCCAAACAUAUCCUUGAGCACAUCUUCUUCCAAGUGGUGGAAUUCAAGAAACUGAACCAGGAACAUGAUGUGGAUACAAGUGAAAUGGUAUUCCAGAACAAUUUCUGAGGACCACGCCUCUCCAAGUGUUUUCUGCCUCCUGAGUUUCUCUUUGUAUUUUGAAUUGUUCUUCCCUUCUUCACCAGUGUGUAAUACUCCUCCUCUGUGAGCUGUAGGUCUGUGCAUCUCUUCUAGUGCUUAGGUAGGUAAGGUUUGUAACUACAGAAUCUUUAUGGAAGAGACAUUCCAUUUUUUAAAAUCAAAUCUGUUAUUGAAUCUGUGCUUUUAUAAUUUAUGAAGCAGUCUGUAAUUGAAGUCUUUUUUCUGACUUCCCUUUAGGAUUUGAGUCUUUUUAUCAAAGAUACACAUAACUCUCAAGCUUGUUGAAGUGUACUGUAUAGCUUUCUGGACAAAUUCAAAAGAAUACAAAACAAGCCAGACAUGGUGGUGCACGCCUGUAAUCCCAGCACUGGGGAGGCUGAGG